CCCAGGCGCGGAGGGGGAGACGGUCCCAAGAUGGCGGCGCUGCAGGCGGAGUGCGGGUACGGGCUGUCCUGCGGCCGCCUCGGCCGCGGCACCCGCGUCUCCGUGUUCCACGUGAAGCUCACGGAGAGCGCCCUCCGGGCCUUCGAGAGCUACCAGGCCUGUAAGGAUGCUGUGACAUCAAAACCAGUAAUCCAGUUUCAAGGAAGCCAAGGGCACAUCACGAUCCCGAGGCCGGAUCGCCCUACAGAAGUACGGACCUUCACGUUCUAUCUCUCCAAUAUUGGCAAGGACAGCCCGCAGGGCAGCUUUGACUGCAUCCAGCAGUAUGUAUCCAGCAAUGGCAAUAUCCAUUUGGAUUGCCUUGGAAGCAUACAGGAUAAAAUCACUGUGUGUGCUACUGACGAUUCCUACCAGAAGGCAAGGCAAAGCAUGGCACAGGCAGAAGAGGAGACUCGCAGCCGGAGUGCUAUAGUCAUCAAACCUGGGGGGAGAUACGUAGGCAAAAAGGUUCAGGUGCGUAAACCUGCACCAGGAGCUUCCGAUGCUGUUCCCUCCAGGAAGCGCCCAACGCCAGUCAACCUUGCCAGUGCAAUAAAGAGAGGCAAUAGUGCCAUUUCUCAGAGACCCUUCAAAGAUAGGGUUGUGCACUUACUGGCACUAAAGCCUUAUAAGAAACCUGAACUUAUUCUCAGAUUGCAGAAGGAUGGACUUUCUCAGCAGGACAAGGAUUUGCUGGACAACCUUCUGCAACAGGUGGCAAAUUUGAGUGCCAAGGACAGCACUUUCACACUGAAAGACUGUGUAUACAAGGAAGUGCAGAAGGACUGGCCUGGCUACUCUGAAGGAGAUCAGCAGUUGCUGAAGAGGAUACUUGUUCGGAAGCUCUGUCAGCCCCAGAACAGCAGCGGUUUCCAAGGAGAAGCCCCUUCCCUGAGCCCACCCAAGGACACCGUGAACUCCAGCUCUCCUCCUCAGAAACGAUCCCAGCCUCUGGAAUUCAUCGACCCCCUGGCCAACAAGAAGCCCAGGAUCUCGCAUUUAGCUCACAGGACUCAAGCCACGUUCAAUGGGAAGCUGAGCUCCUCCAACGGGAAGGAUGCCCCUGCCCCUGCGCUGCCACCGGCGCUGCCGGAGGCUGUGAGCUCCAGCUCCAGCCUCCCACUGCUGGAGCUGCCCAGACCUCACGAUCCCCUUUCGGAUGUCAGCAAUGACCUGGCUCACAACGGCAGAGACUGUGAGAACCCGGAGCCGGCUGACAGACUCACUCACCCCCUGCCUACAGACUGUGCCCAGAGCAGCAAACACAACUGCGGCUCCUAUGUAAAAACCAAGAAGAAAUCCAAAAAGCACAAAGAGAAGGAGAAGGAGAGGAAGGAGAAGAAAACCGAAGAGAAGUGCAAAGAGGAGAAGCAGAACUGUGAAGUAAUUAAACCUGCUGACUUAGGUAGUGUUCCCCAGGAGCAGGUCCCAGGUCUAAAUGGAACAUGCAAUAAUUCUAGUGUACCAACAUCAACUUCAGAAAUGCCAGAUUAUUUAUUAAAAUACGCAGCCAUUUCCUCCUCGGAGCAGCGUCAGAGUUACAAGAAUGACUUCAAUGCAGAGUACAGUGAGUACAGAGACUUGCACGCCCGGAUAGAGAGGAUAACACGGCGCUUCACGCAGCUGGAUGCCAAGCUGAAGCAGCUCCUGCAGGGCACUGAGGAAUAUAAGACCAUCCAUGAUCAAAUUUUACAGGAAUACCGGAAAAUUAAAAAGACUAACCCCAAUUACAGCCAAGAGAAGAACCGCUGCGAAUACCUCCACAACAAACUGGCUCACAUUAAGAAACUGAUAGCAGAGUAUGACCAGCAGCAGUUUUAGCUGGCACUGAUCUGGACUGGGGAGGGCAAAAUAAGAGUCACCCGGAUGUUCCGUUCCCUUUUGUACAACUAGAGCCCUUUCAGAGCGUUAAUUCCUCCUGGUUGAAGAAGUUGGGGAUGACUUGUGAUGAUGCUGAAGCUGCCCCGGCCACGUCGGAGCUGGGUUGCAAACCCCAGUGCCUGGCAUGAGCCUGUUGGGUUUUAGCCUCUCUGAAUGUUGGAAUGUAACAAGUGACAAAACAGAAAACACAUAAACCCCCCCUCUGCUUAUUGAAGCCAGCGUUUGACACUUAAGGGAAAACUGACCUAAAGUGACCGAAGCUCCCAAAGGUUAAGAAUCAGUAGUUUUCAUGGAUUAAAGUUUGGCAUGAAGUGUAAUUACCCAGCUCCACUGGGUUACAGUCAAUUGUCCUUCAAAUGGUGAGGAACUGGAAUGCUGCUAGGUGACCUCCUGCUCUGGCACCUGCGACUGUUCAUAUGCAAGCUGUCUGCUCCACAUGGCACCGCGUUAAAUACACCAAGUACCCAGAGCUCUCGUUGUUUGUUCCUGCUUUUGUCAUCUCCGCUGUGUUCUCUCUUGAGGUGGUUGUGUCAGGAGGAGGGGAUCCCUGCUCUGUAAAUCACAGCCCCUUUCUCCUGUUCUCCGCUUGUGUGUCUGGAAGCAGCGGGUGGAAGUGUCUUGCUGCAGCCUCCCCAGCGUGCCUGCAUUCACCUGCACGUCCCAGGGCUGGGAAGAUCGAGACCUGGCUUUGACUUUUAUAACUUUCUACCAAGGCAGCCAAUUUUCUUAAUUGCUGAUGAGACUUUGGUCUAUUUUUGUAUGGAAAAACAGAAAAAAAAGACAAAAAUGAGCAUCUUUUUUCUAAAUCUGUGCCUCCCUUUCAGGCCGAGUGUUUCAGACCCUUUUCCUCUCUUCCAAGCGCAGUAUUACUGGAGCUUCCCGGAUAGUGUCCCAGAGAGGUUGCCACCUGUACUGACCCAUCCGAGCGGAGGAGGUGGGAGGUGGGACACACACGAUGCUUUCUUCUUCUGCUUUUUGUGUCUUUCCAAAGAAGCAGCAGCAGAAACUGAGAACAGGCACCGGAGCCAUGAGAGCAGUAAGGUAGCACUUUCCCAUGCGGGUCACUGCCACUCUGGUGCUCUAUCAGCCAGCUUCUGCUGCAGGCUUUCUUCUUGAUCGUUGUGGUUUUGUUUCUGGACUUGAAGGGAACAUUUUGAAGAGUAUGGCCAGGGUGUGAGAAACACUCCAAAAAGCACAAAGGUGGCCUUUAACUCUGCUGUUUCUUUCUCUCCCCUCUCCCCUUUUAAUCCUGCCAGCCUGCGUGAUUUGACUUCUUCCCACUUCCGUUUAUCUCAGAGUAAAGGAUUCCUUUCCCGUGGCAUCUCCUUCCCUUGGAGGUUGCACUGAAGAGUCUUUCACCCUUUGAAGGAGCGGAAUGGCAGAGUUAAGGAGGGUUCUUACACAAGGAGGAGUUGAUCCUUUUCCUGCUCUCCCCAAAAACUGGGUCCAUCUGCUGGAUUGGAAACAAGAAGAAAUAAUUCCUAACAAUUCCAUUCUGGCUGGAUGGGUUUUGCUGCAUCAUCCAGCCAGAGCCACCGCUUUGCUUUGUCACAUGCAGUGCCCUGAGUUUCUCUCCCUGUAGCAUCACCUCAGCGUUGCCCAGGACUUUGCCAUCCCAUUCUCCAAGCAAAGCCUGCGCCUGAGCCCCUCGGGCCGUGGUCCAUGGACUUGCACAGCCACUUUGUUCUGCUGCUCUGCAAAACCAAACCCACUCAGAAGCGGGGCAGUGAAGGAGAGGAGGGAAGAGAUGUGAUGCCCAAGGAGCACUGUGGGGUGAGCACCCCAAGAGCCUCACUUAGGGAUGUCCCAGUGAGCAUCUCUGGGCUCGGGGGAUGCUUUGGUUCCAUCUCUUCUUCUCCAGCUAAAGACAAGUGGAGGGGAGGGAGAUGCUUCUCCUGCAGCUCUUCCCCAUCUGUGGAGUGCUGCUGCCUCCUGUGCUGCUGCUCAUCAAGGAAAACUGGAAAAUGCACAUGAAAGGCAAGGAGCUUUUGUCCAGAAGACUUUGUCCCCUGCUCGGUGGGGUCUUGCCAUGUGCUCGGUGCACAAGUCCCUUGAGCAGUAAGUGAUGGCUGGUGCCAGUGUCCAAGCUCCCAUUCCAACAAGGCUCCCUGUGCACUGAGGUGGCUUUCCCUGUGCUGCAGGGAUUGGGAUUCACCGCACACCCCAGACCUGCGGUUCCCAUGCGGUGUUCCUGCUUUUCCCAGCCUGAGCCGUGGGGCUUUGACCUCCAAGUGGUGCUUGAGGAGCUCCGGUGGCAGAAGGGGCAGCAGCUGCAGCCCCAGGAUGAGUAAAUCCUUCCAUGGAAACACUUCUGAUCCUUCAUAUUUUGAAUGGGGUUUUCUUGUUGCUUUGGGUCGGGGGGGGGG